AUGCCACAGUCUAGCUUCCUUUGUGUUUUGAACCGAAAUGAAAGAUCCGGCCUUGUUCGCCAUGACCAGGCCACGGAUGUUGGUGGAAAUGAAGGUGUCACUGUCACAGAGACUGAUGUCCCUGGAAGCCGCAUCGUCACUGAAACAGUUGGUGGACAGGUGAUUGGGCAGUAUGUGCAGCCCACGCCGGUGGCGCAGGUAGCUGCGGGGGGAUUUAUGGAGCAGAACGCAAUCACUAUCGGGGAAGCACUAGAAGCGUCCGCCCAAACAGCCGGUGAUAAGCCGAUUGAUCAAAGUGAUGCCGCAGCUAUUCAGGCUGCGGAGGUGAGAGCCACGGGCAGCAAUGUGAUAAGCCCAGGUGGGCUGGCUGCCAUGGCUCAAUCUGCGGCAGCAUACAAUGCCGGGACUCUGAGGGAGCAGGACAAGAUCAAGCUCACAGAUGUCCUCUCGGGUGCUACUGCGAAACUGCCCGCGGACAAGGCGGCGACGAGGCAGGAUGCUGAAGGAAUUGCGAGUGCUGAGCUCCGAAACAACCUGGAAAUAGGAACGCGUCCUGGGGGAGUGGCGGCUUCAGUGACUGCAGCUGCAAGGCUCAAUGAGAAUAUAAAGAUGUGAUUUCCUGCUGUGUCCCCUUUGACUAAGUAGCAG